AUGCUCGUUGGGCAGCCACGACAGCUGGUAGAUAUAGAACGGGACGUGUGUUUGUUGAGGACUAACGACGUGCGAGGAAAGACUAUUCGCGCUACGUGCUGCCAGCACAAUGGACCCUCUCCUUCCCGAUUGAUCUCUCCCGGCGUACGUGUUUGCGGAUCUCCCGAUGACGGCAGGGUGUUCUGCACUGGAGGCCGAUGCCGCGGACACAACGAGCGAGCCAACAUCCUGAGGGCCGGAGAGGACCUGGUCCGGCACGUGCUCCCCAGCACCGGCCCCGAGGGGCUCGAGCCGCAGGUCCGCAGCAUCCUUGCGGCCUACCGCGGCGACAACUCCUGGGACAGCGGCCGCAUCCUCGAAGAGACGGAGGCCUUGGUGCGGCAGAGCAGAUAGCAGAGGGACAACCUCACCAUACACGUCUACACCAUCUAGGCUGUAUGGCGGGGCUCGGUCUCAGGAGUUCUUUUCUUAGGUCCCUCUAGUCUGAGGAUCCGAGGGGCUGGGUCGACCCUUGUCAGGUUCAACUCCACUCCUCUCUCGCAAAUCUCAUCUAGUCUUUUUUUUUUUUAUAAACUACUAUAUUCAUUUUUCAAAGACUUUAAUAAACGAUGAUAUGAUCAAAUUCUGGUUCUUAACUUAUGGAUGUAAUUACAAUAUUAUUCCAUAGCUUUAUGACAUUGCUAACCUCAAAAGGUUAAGUAUGUAUUGUUGGCAAUUGCCUGGUAUUACCUCGAGUAUUCCUAUAUUGGACUAUGCAG